AUGGCCGCGAACAACAUCCGCGUCCUCAUACGAGAGCAGCCCCACCGGAGCAUCGCCCUCGCUACCGACACCCAUGUCCUCGUCUUCCGCCACAGCCCAAACUCGUCCGAGCGCCAUGGCGGCAAUGGCAUGUACGGCGGCUACAAUGUGUCGCAGAGUUCGAUAUCGAGCUACGCCAGCGCCUCGGCGCCCCCGCGUUGCAUGGUCGAGUUCUCCGAGAUCCAACAAACCGAUCUGCGCGACUAUAGGACCUUCAGCGCCCUCGGCGUACACGGAACCCUCGGGCUGAUCACCGUCAACAACGAUGUCUUCCUGUGCGUCGUCAGCGGAGCGACCAAAGUGGCGACGGUCCGGCCCGGAGAGACGAUACAACGGAUUCUAGCAGUGGACUUUCACUGCCUGAACAGAUCGGAUUACGACCACCUGCUUUACGACGAGAUCAACCCCUACCCGACGGACACUGUGGAUGAGGAUGGUUUCGAGACAGGCUUUCAGCACGGGAGGCGAGAGCACGUCGUCGAGCACCCGUGCCUGGCGUUGAAAAAGUUGCUCAGCAGCGGGACAUUCUACUACAGCGCGGAGUUCGACCUCACGCGACGUCUGCAGGACAGGACGUAUGGCGGUUCGACUGUGGCUCUGGACAGUCUGGAUGACGGUUUCCUCUGGAAUUCUUACAUGAUCCAACCGUUGGUGAAUUUCCGGUCACGGCUCUCUCAGAGCGAGAAGCACGCUCUGGACCAGUCGCGCAUCCUGACUUCGGCCAUCCGAGGCUUUGCCCUUACUGUUACCGUCCCUCCAUCUUCCUCCCCUGCCCGGACAUCCCGGACUGGGUACCCUUCCUUGCUGACCUUGAUAUCAAGGCUAUCAUGCAGGAGAGCUGGAACACGGUUUAAUUCACGAGGCAUAGAUGAUGAUGGAAACGUCGCCAACUUCGUGGAGACCGAAACGAUUUUCUGGAGCCCAUCAAGCAUAUGCUUUUCUUACUCUCAGGUCCGCGGCAGUGUACCAUUAUUCUGGGAGCAAGCAACCGGUCUGUUGCCUGGACAGCAGAAGAUUACCGUCACGCGAUCCCCAGAAGCAACGCAACCCGCUUUCGAUAAGCACUUUGAAAAUCUGGAACUUGCCUAUGGUGCUGUUCACGUCGUAAACCUCCUGAGCGCCGAGAAGCCCGCCGAAAUUGACAUUAGCGACCGUUACCGCUAUCAUAUCAACCACAGCGCGCUGAACGACAAUCCUGAAAAACUCGCUGGAAGGGAACAUGAGCUGCUGACGUUGACGGAAUACGACUUUCAUGCUGAGACAAGAGGUCCUGGCGGGUAUGAGGCAGCAAGCAUGAUCGCACGGUAUAUCCGUGACUCCGCCGAAGGGUUUGCGUACUGGCUGGCGGAAGAGACAGAAGAACAUCCCAAAACUGAACUGGGCGAGGAUCAGGUAGUUCGCAGGCCGACGACGAUUCUGCAGCAGGAAGGAGUUUUCCGCACGAACUGCUUGGACUGUCUCGACCGCACGAACCUUGUACAGACGAUCAUCAGCAAGAUGGCGAUGGAGUCGUUCUUGGCCGCAAGAAGCGAGCGUGGGGCCGGAGACUUCUGGAACAGACACAACAUGCUGUGGGCUGAUAAUGGAGACGCUCUGUCCCGCAUCUAUGCCGGCACGGGGGCGCUCAAGUCGUCCUUCACGAGACAUGGAAAGAUGUCUUUGGCUGGCGCAUUGGCAGAUGCUAGGAAGAGCGCGACGCGCAUGUACAUCAACAACUUUGCGGACAAGGGCCGUCAAAACACGAUAGAUAUGUUACUGGGACGGUUGAUGGGGCAGACGCCCGUACACUUAUUCGACCCGAUCAACGAUUAUGUGACAAAUGAACUUAAUAGAAAAUCCCACGAGUAUUCGUCAGAAAUGCCCAUCAAUAUCCUAGUUGGGACAUUUAACCUCAACGGCAGGACCGAGGGAAUCACAUCGGACCUGUCGCCGUGGUUAUGUCCGCGCAUGGGUGAUGGGUCGGAGCAGUUCCCAGAGAUUGUUGCCGUGGGCUUCCAGGAGAUUGUCGAGCUCAGCCCGCAGCAGAUAAUGUCCACGGACCCCGCUCGGCGGCAACAAUGGGAGGCCGCGGUGAAGCGCACAUUGAACGACCACGCUCAAAAGCAUGGUAAGGAAGAGUACGUGUCGCUCCGUGGUGGACAGCUUGUCGGUGCUUCCCUAUCAGUUUUUGUCAAGGCGAGUAUCCUCAAGUACAUCAAGAAUGUCGAGGGCGCUCUCAAGAAAACUGGUAUGUCUGGCAUGGCAGGCAACAAGGGUGCUGUUGCCAUUCGAAUGGAAUUUGCCAACACGAGCCUCUGCUUCGUGACGGCACAUUUGGCGGCCGGAUUUGCGAACUACGAGGAGCGGAAUCGUGAUUAUAAGACAAUUAGUCAUGGGCUGCGGUUCCAGAGAAACCGCUCGAUCCAGGAUCACGACACCGUUAUCUGGCUUGGCGACUUCAAUUACCGCAUCGGUCUCAGUAAUGAGAAGGUUAGGAAAUUGGUGGAAGUGGGCGAGCUCGAGACUCUCUACGAGAAUGACCAGCUCAACCUACAAAUGGUUGCUGGCUUGACAUUCCCCUUCUACUCUGAAGCUCGCAUCACCUUUGCACCUACCUACAAGUACGACAACGGCACCGACACGUACGACACGUCCGAAAAGGCCCGCAUCCCAGCCUGGUGCGAUCGUAUUCUGCGGAAAGGCGAUAACCUCCGACAAACGAGCUACGAUACGGCUCCGCUCCGCUUCUCGGACCACCGUCCUGUGUACGCCACCUUCUUGUGCAUGAUCAGCGUCAUCGACGAGCGCAAGAAGGACAGCCUCGCCAAGGAGAUCUACCAGAAGCGCAAAGUUAUCGUAGGCGACAGCACAGCGACCGGCCUCGGCGAGGAAUCCGACGAGGAAGACCUCCUCGGCUACGAGCCCAUCGAGCCCAGCCUGCCGCCCGCGAGCUCAGACCGACGCAAAUGGUGGCUGGACAACGGGCUGCCGGCACGGUCGACAGUGCAGCCGCCGGGCGAGGGCUUUGCGCCCAACCCAGCGCGGCCCAGCAACCCGUGGACGCCGUCGGACGAGCCCGACUGGGUCAACGUCAGGUCGCAGAGCAACAGCAACAGCAACAACAACAGCAGCACCUCGCUAGGCCGCGCCGCAAGCACGGCCUCGUCGCGCAGCCUCCCGCACCGCAAGCUGCCUCCCCCGCUCGAGCCCACCCGCUCUCCGGCGCCGAAACUCCCGCCCCGCCGCGCGGCUACGGCGCUCGUCGACGGUAUGGGCAACAGCACUAGCACAGCGGGCGGGAGCGGGGCGAGCAGCGGCACGGCGACGCCCGAGGCCGCGGCUCUGCACGCGCCGCGCCCACAGUCGAUAUCGUUUUCGCCGUCGCAUACGCCGCCGCUGCUGAUGGGGACGGCGACUGGGACUGGGCAGGGGCAGGGGCUGGGCCGCUCGUCGUCGCGCGCCUCGGCUUCGUCCGGCUCUUCCUCUGGGUUCAGCAUCCCGCGGAAGCCGGCGCCGCCCGUCGUCCCGAAGAAGCCGGUUGCGUUGGGCUCGGCGGCGGGGGAUGCGCUGCCGAGGCCUUUGAGCCCGCUGCAGGCGCCUCAGCAGCAUAAAACGGCGGGAGCGCCGGAGCUGCCGCCGCCGAGGAGGGCUGGCGGUGCUGGUGCGGGUGCUGGUGCGGGUGCUGGUGCUGGUACGCCUGCUUCUGCUGGUGGAGUGAAGAAGCAGCAGGCCGUGCCGCCGGUGUUGCCGCCGAGACGGACGGACAGCGCGCCUGCGGGCGGGUUGUUGGACGACGAUGCUGGGGGCGAGAUGGAGGGGUUGCGGGAUUGGGAGGUUUUGAAGCCGGGGGCUUGA